AUGGCGAUGCGGGGCUCGCUUGCUAGGUGCUGAGUUCGCGUGGUGGUCGCGUGUUGAUUGGGAGUCAAUUUAUGGCAGCUUGAUUGCGGUAGGAAGGCCGUAGUAAUUAGGAGCGUAGUGUGUUCAAGAUGAAGGAGUGGUCGGUCGGUGAAGCCAACUGAAAACUUGAUCCACCGCGGUUUCAAUACACAGCCUCAAUUCUGAGGGAAUCACGAUGCUUCGGCGUCAAGCACGGCUGAGGAGAGAGUAUUUAUUCAGGAAGUCAAUUGAGGAGCGUCAGAGGACCACCCAAGAUAAAAAGGAUCGUCUGAAGGCAGCAUUGGCAGAGAAUCGGCCGCUGGACACCGACCUGCGCUAUGAGGGCCUGAAGCUGCACGCGCAGGGCGAGUGGGAUGACGCCGGACCGCGUCUGGCCGCCGAAGCCGGCACAGAGUCGGGCGGUGCGGCCACCUCCCACGUGGACGACGAGUAUCGCUGGGCGGGCGUGUACGACCCCAAGAUCAUUAUCACCACCUCGAGGAACCCCAGCUCGCGGCUCAAGAAGUUCGCCAAGGAGAUGAAGCUGGUCUUUCCGAACGCGCAGCGGAUGAACCGCGGCGGCUACGAGCUGACCCAGCUGCUGGACGCCUGUCGGGCCAAUGGCGUGACGGACUUUAUCAAGAUCAGCGAGCACCGCGGCGAGCCGGCCGGCCUGACUGUCUGUCACCUGCCGUAUGGGCCGACGGCCCACUUCACCCUGCUGGACGUGGUGAUGCGACACGACAUCCCCGACAUCGGCACCAUGUCCGAGCAAUACCCGCACCUCGUCUUCCACAACUUCAAGACCAAGCUGGGCCGGCGGGUGCAGGACAUUCUCAAGUACCUGUUCCCCGUGCCGAAGGAGGACAGCAAGCGCGUGCUGACCUUCAUCAACCACGACGAUUACAUCCUGUUCCGUCACCACACGUACCGGCGGGCGGCCGGCGGCGGACGGGAGCUGCAGCUCAGCGAGGCUGGCCCGCGCUUUCUGCUGAAACUGUACGAGAUCCGGCUGGGCACGCUGGACCAGGGCGCCACCGCCGAGCUGGAGUGGGUGCUGCGGCCCUACAUGAACACGGCGCGCAAGCGGCGCUUCCUCUCGGAGGAGGACGCCUGGCAGACCACCGGCGACGGCGACGAGGCCGACGAGCCGCCGUCGUGACCGGCGGGCCGCGGCCCGGGCUGGGCGACGGGCGACCCCGGAGCGGAUGGUUGGGAGCGUGGGCCGGAGGGGAGAC